AUGGCAGAGUACGUCGACGCCUCCGCGGGCGAAGUUAUCCCCCCAAAGUCGGAGCGUCACCCAGUGCGAUGGCACCGCUCGACCUUUUACAACAUGACCAUUCUCGGCCUGUGCAAUCUCGCGGCGCCGGGCAUCUGGGGAGCCAUGAACUCGCUCGGCGCAGGCGGCGCCGCCUCGCCCAAGGUCGUCAACGCCGCCAACGCCUUGACCUUCUGCCUCAUGGUCGUCUCGUGCUACUUCUCCUCCGUCAUCGUCCACUACAUCGGCAUCAAGGGCGCCUUGAUCUUCGGAACCAUCGGUUACGCCCCCUUCGCCGCCGGCCUCUACACCAAUAACCGCUACGGCAUCGAGUGGCUCAUGCUCCUCGGCGCCGCCCUCUGCGGCAUCUCGGCCGGCGUCUUCUGGAUGGCCGAGGCCGCCAUCGCCAUCGCCUACCCGGAGCCCUGGAACCGCGGCAAGGCGCUCGGCUACUGGCUGACCUACCGCCUCUGCGGCCAGAUCCUCGGCGGCGCCAUCAACCUCGGCCUCAACGCCGACAACGACCAGGCCGGCAAGGUCUCGUACACCGUCUUCAUCAUCUUCAUCGCCAUCCAGGCCGCGGGGCCCUUUGUCGGCCUGUUCCUCAACAAGCCGGACAAGGUCGAGCGGCAGGACGGGCAGAAGGUCAGCCUGGCCAUCCUCGAGAACCCGUGGUUCGAGAUCAAGGCGACGACGAGAAACCUGUUCACGCCCAAGUUCCUGCUCAUUAUCCUGUGGAUCGGCCAGGCUGUCUUCGCCGAGGCCGUCUUCUUCACCUACCUUGCCACUUGGUUCUCCGUCCGGUCUAGAGCUCUCGGCUCGUUCCUGUCCGGCAUCGUGGCCGUGAUCUCCGGCAACCUCCUCGGUCACUGGCUCGACCGCGCCAAAGUCUCGCUCAAGAUGCGCACUCGGUCAACCUUCUGGACCCUCGUCGUCACCCAGGGCGCCUGGUGGCUCUGGGCCACCAUCCUCGCCACGCGCUUCCGCCAGACGCGCCCGACGCACGACUGGGUCAGCCCGGGCUUCGGCUCCGCCUUUGCCGUCUACAUCUUCCUCACUAUCGGCUUCCAGCUGAACUAUCUCUUCCUGUACUUCAUCGUCACGAAUCUGGCCAAGGGCGAGGAGGAGGUCAUCCGUUAUGCAGCACUCCUCCGCGGCGUCGAGUCGGCGUGGCAGGCCGUCAGCUACGGCCUCACUUCCCUCACAAUCUUUGGCGAGGUGGGCGCCAUCUACUUCAAUUUUGCGCUGUGGGCCGUCGCCAUCGGGCCUGCGUGGCUCGUCCUGCGGCACUUCGGCUCCGGACUGAAAGCGCACGAGGAGGAGGUCCGCGAGGUCGGCGCCGUUGUGUCGAGUGAGGACGGCGAGUCGGAUACCAAGCAGCACUAG